AUGGCUCAGUCCAGAAACCCUUCACCCCAGCCCCGGCCGGACAACCCGCAGGGCAACAACCACGAUUCUCCAGACUUGAGAUUUAGCUCCCGCAUCGAGAGUUUCAGUGAUAUCGCGAACUUGGAAUUUGGGGGCUACUGUUACGAUGGAGCCAGUCUCCCCAUGGGUCGCAGCCCGUCGUCAUCUCCCUCAAUUCGAGGGCGAGAAUCCUUAGUCUCGCUGUCAACGCAGCAGUCCGGGAGCAUUCCAGGUAUCGCCAGAUCGCAUAAAGGACCAUGUUCCGAACCAACCGAAGGAAAUAUAUACCACCACAUCGGAGGUCCUACCGUGGAUCGAAGCAAGAGCACAGGGAGAGCGGACUUUGGGCAGCACGGCACUGCAGAUAUCGCCAUGACCCAUAUCCUAGAAGAUAGGGAGCGUAUAGAUAUCACCUUAGUUCCUGCUGCUGCGGCCAUAGAUGAAGCAGCGCCGUCAGUAUCAACACCUACAUAUACUCAUUUCGAAAUGUCGAUAUGGCAAGAACAAGAGAAAGCAGGGAAACUAUCAAAUGGUCUCGGCGUGGGGCUGAAGCCGGCGAGGACGAUUCGAGAGACAGACCUCUUACUAUCUAACAGCCGGAAUGCUACCCAUAGGCUUUCACGAACAGUAUCUCUCUCCCGACGAAAGACAACAUUGAGUCGUACUGCUACCCGGAAGGCACUUGGACAAGGUGCAGCAGACAGAGCUGGCCAAGCUGUCCAAGUGAUUAUCGAGGACUCGGAUUCUGACGGCCAGGAGGAUGAUCAUCUGCGCCCUAACGACUCGACUACCCGCCCAAAUCGGUCGGUCGGAGAUACAAUUCCACUCGAAAAGCCAGCUGACACGCGGAGUACAGCGUCCAGGACCAAGCCCCACAGAACGGAAACUUUCUUUCCGUACCCAGACUGGAAGCCCUUCUCAAUGCGUUGGCCGUAUCUCACGGUGUUGAUCUUGCUCUCGGUCACCCUUGCCGGCCUAACGGAAGCACUCUACCAGUCAUCGGCCAAAACACCCUUGGUGUCAUUCAACACGCCGCAGCAGAUCAAACCCGGAACGUACUUUGUGAUCAAGUUUCUUCCGACAAUUGUGGCAGUCAUAUAUGGUGUGAUGUGGCAGAUGACUGAUCUUGAAGUGAGGAGACUGGAGGCUUACUAUCAAUUAUCGAAGGAAGAUGGCGCGACGGCGGCAGAGACACUGAAUGUGGAUUACAUCACCAGCCUCAGUUUCCUCAGGCCGUUACAUGCGUAUCGGCUGCGCCAUUACGCAGUAACGGUAUCCUCAAUAGCUUCGCUAUUCGCGGUGUCGGCUGUGCCCACGCUGACCUCCGCGUGCAUAAUUCUCACCCCAGACCGCGAAACGAGAACCCAAAACCCAGAUGGAAACAAGAAGAUUCUGAUCGAUCCGACGUGGUCACGUGUACUGGAAGUGGUGCUUUUUCUCAUCGCCCUGAUGGGCGCUGUGCUCCUCUACCAGCUUGGAUCACGGCGGUCUGGCCUCCUCGCCGACGUCAAGGGAAUAGCUGGCCUAGCAGCGAUGGCGAACGUCUCUCACAUCCUCAUGGACUUCAAAGACAUGGAUCUGGCAACGCACAAGGACAUCCACCAUAAAUUGGCUGAUAAGAGAUACAUCCUUCGGAACUCGUCUCUCGCACCUCUUCCAGCCGGGGAGAACGGCCACUCGACCGCAAUUGCCACCGCCCCAGGCGCCGGUCGCCUGAGGGGCAGCUCCGAGCACAAGUUCCACCUCUCGCUCAACCCACAACCUCUCAUUCUACGCGCGGCAGGCUGCGUCCCUUUUAUCACAGGUAUCCUGCUGUUCACUGCCCUGCUACCCAUCUUCCUGUUCACGCCCGCGGGCUACCUCACGGACAAGGCGCCGUGGGUGGCCACCGCAUUAGCCGUCUGCGUCAAACUCACGUGGGGCGCGGUCGACACAAAUGUGAGAAUGCUGGAGCCAUUCUUCAUCCUUUACAAGCGGCACGCGGCGCCCAAGACACUGGCCCUGGACUACACCGCUAUGCCAUUUGCGUGGGUAGCGCUGCGGGCGCUAGCAAACGGGCACUGGCUCGUCUUUGCCGUGGGAUUUGGAACGGUCAUGACCGAGGUCCUGACAGUAUUGGUGGCGAGCCUCGCGGCGGUGGAGGGCAAGGAUUUUGCGCGGAUGAUCAAGGACGGCGGCGGGAUCGUGGGCGGCAUCAGUGCCGGCCAGGAGACGGCCAACUCGUUCUGGAUAACCCUCAGCCUAGCCAUGUUCAUCUUACUGUACAUGGGGACCGUGGUCACGAUCGUAUUCGUGCGACGGCGGAAGCCUUUCCUGCCGCGGCAGCCAAAUACCAUUGCCAGCGUGCUGGCUUUUAUCCACCAGAGCAAGAUGCUGUGGAGCUUCGUCGGUACGGAGAAGCUGGGCAACCGGGAGAUCGUCGACUUCCUCGAGGAAGUGGGUCAGACAUAUGGGCUAGGCUGGUUUGAAGGGCGAGACGGCAUGGAGCAUUGUGGGAUUGAUCAGGAGGAGCUCAAGACUUCUUACCGCCAUGGCUUGGACAACAGCCGGAGCAACAAGCCGUGGAUUGAGAGCUUCAGCGAGUGGUUGUGA